AUGAGUUCAUGGACUACAACAUAUGCACUGAAUAAUACUUUUGUGCAUCCAGAAAUGUUCUACAUAAGUGGUUUUCAAGAUAUGCCCUUUGCUAACUAUUUCUAUAUUUUUUUAUUUCUUGUAUAUAUUCUUACAGUGUUCUGUAACACAUUUCUUAUUGUACUAAUAUAUUUGGAGCAAAGUUUUCAUAGUCCAAAAUAUAUUGCUGUUAGUAAUUUAGCAUUGGCAGACUUAUGCACAACAACAGCUGUCAUUCCUAAAGUAAUAGAUACAUUUCUUUUUAACUCAAAUUUUAUCAGAUAUAAUGCAUGUCUAGCUAACAUGUUUUUUGUUCCUUACUUUAGUGCAGUGCAGUCACUUUCUCUUGUAAUAUUAGCUUAUGACCGCUUUCUUGCCAUAUGUUUCCCUUUACAGUAUCACAGCAUUAACACUAACAGCAGGAUGAUAAUAAUCAUAUCCUCAGCUUGGAUGUUUUCUGCUGUUACAUUAUCUAUAAUGGUCCUUCUGGUUACCAGACUCAGCUUCUGCAGGUCCACAGUGAUAAACAGUUAUUUUUGUGAUCAUGGACCUGUCUACCGCUUAGCCUGCAAUGAUUUUUAUAUAAACAUAAUAAUGGCUUUUACUAACAUAGCAUUGUUUCUUUUUGUACCACUGAUAUUUAUUCUUUUUACAUAUUUAGCUAUUGGGGUUACAUUGUUAAAAAUUGCAACAUCAGAAGGAAGGCAGAAAGCACUGAAAACCUGCACUUCACACAUCAUCUUAGUAGCAAUGUUCUAUAUUCCAAUAGCAGUUACAUAUUUGGCAGCAUCUUUUGUAAAUUUUCAUCCAAAUGCAAGAAUUCUGAAUAAUUUGUUGUCAACAACAAUUCCGCCAAUGCUGAAUCCUAUAAUUUAUACUCUAAAAACUGAUGAGAUGAUGAAUUCAGUUAAAAAACUUAAUAAAAACAUACAAAUGCAGUACUUUAUUUAA